AUGAACAAGCUUUACAUCGGCAACCUCAACGAGAGUGUGACCCCCGCCGACUUGGAGAAAGUGUUUGCGGAGCACAAGAUCUCCUACAGCGGCCAGUUCUUGGUCAAAUCCGGCUAUGCCUUCGUGGACUGCCCCGACGAGCACUGGGCGAUGAAGGCCAUCGAAACUUUCUCCGGGAAAGUAGAACUGCAAGGAAAACGUCUAGAGAUUGAACACUCAGUUCCCAAAAAACAAAGGAGUCGGAAAAUUCAGAUACGAAAUAUUCCACCGCAGCUUCGAUGGGAGGUCCUGGACAGCCUGCUUGCUCAGUAUGGAACAGUAGAGAACUGUGAACAAGUGAACACAGAGAGCGAGACAGCAGUGGUGAAUGUCACCUAUUCCAACCGGGAACAGACCAGGCAAGCCAUCAUGAAGCUGAACGGCCACCAGCUGGAGAACCACGCCUUGAAGGUCUCCUAUAUCCCUGACGAGCAGAUAGCACAGGGCCCUGAGAACGGGCGCCGAGGAGGCUUUGGCUCUCGGGGUCAGCCUCGGCAGGGCUCGCCUGUGGCAGCCGGGGCCCCGGCCAAGCAGCAGCAAGUGGACAUCCCACUGCGGCUCCUGGUACCCACCCAGUAUGUGGGCGCCAUCAUCGGCAAGGAGGGCGCCACCAUCCGCAAUAUCACAAAACAGACCCAGUCCAAGAUAGAUGUGCACAGGAAGGAGAACGCAGGCGCGGCGGAGAAGGCCAUCAGUGUCCACUCGACCCCCGAGGGCUGCUCCUCCGCCUGUAAGAUGAUCUUGGAGAUCAUGCAUAAGGAGGCGAAGGACACCAAAACGGCUGACGAGGUUCCCCUGAAGAUCCUGGCACAUAAUAACUUUGUGGGGCGUCUCAUUGGCAAGGAGGGGCGCAACCUGAAGAAGGUGGAGCAGGACACAGAGACGAAAAUCACCAUUUCCUCGCUGCAGGACCUCACCCUCUACAACCCCGAGAGGACCAUCACCGUGAAGGGGGCCAUUGAGAACUGCUGCAGGGCCGAGCAGGAGAUUAUGAAGAAAGUUCGGGAGGCCUAUGAGAAUGACGUGGCCGCCAUGAGUCUGCAGUCUCACCUCAUCCCUGGCCUGAACUUGGCUGCUGUGGGUCUUUUCCCAGCCUCGUCCAGCGCAGUACCGCCACCUCCCAGCAGUGUCACCGGAGCCGCCCCCUACAGCUCCUUUAUGCAGGCUCCGGAGCAGGAGAUGGUGCAGGUGUUCAUUCCUGCCCAGGCGGUGGGUGCCAUCAUUGGCAAGAAGGGGCAGCACAUCAAACAGCUCUCACGUUUUGCCAGUGCCUCCAUCAAGAUCGCUCCUCCCGAAACUCCGGACUCCAAAGUUCGUAUGGUCAUUAUCACUGGACCCCCAGAGGCCCAAUUCAAGGCUCAGGGAAGAAUUUAUGGAAAACUCAAGGAGGAGAAUUUCUUUGGUCCCAAGGAGGAAGUAAAGCUGGAAACCCAUAUCCGGGUACCAGCGUCAGCAGCUGGCCGGGUUAUAGGCAAAGGUGGCAAAACGGUGAACGAGUUGCAGAAUUUGACGGCAGCUGAGGUGGUGGUGCCAAGAGACCAGACCCCCGAUGAGAACGACCAAGUCAUCGUUAAGAUCAUCGGGCAUUUCUAUGCCAGCCAGAUGGCUCAGAGGAAGAUCCGAGACAUCCUGGCUCAAGUUAAACAGCUGCACCAAAAGGGACAGAGUAACCAGGCCCAGGCACGGAGGAAGUGA